GCGCAGGCGCCGCCUAGAAGUGACUUCUCCAAAAAGUGUCUUAGUUCCCGGUCACCUGAGCUCCCCGCGACGCGGCUGCGGUAGCUUGGCGGAUACACGCCCUCCACGGGUCCUGUGUGGCGACCCGGCCCUUGUCCUUUUGCUCGGUCGCUCCGCCACCCCGAGCCCUCCAAAGGCCCGUCCUUUCCCUUCUUGCCUUUCCUAGUCUCGGGCCGGACCGGGCCGAGCCGGGCCGCCCGGGCGCGGUCCCCAACCAUGGCGUCCCUCUUCAAGAAGAAAACUGUGGAUGAUGUAAUAAAGGAACAGAAUCGUGAGUUACGAGGUACACAGAGGGCUAUAAUCAGAGAUCGAGCAGCUUUAGAGAAGCAGGAAAAACAGCUGGAAUUAGAAAUUAAGAAAAUGGCAAAGAUUGGUAAUAAAGAAGCUUGCAGGGUUUUAGCCAAACAGCUUGUACAUCUACGGAAACAGAAAACAAGAACUUUUGCUGUAAGUUCAAAGGUCACUUCUAUGUCCACACAAACGAAAGUGAUGAAUUCCCAGAUGAAGAUGGCCGGAGCAAUGUCUACCACAGCAAAGACAAUGCAGGCAGUUAACAAGAAAAUGGAUCCACAAAAGACAUUACAAACAAUGCAGAAUUUCCAGAAGGAAAACAUGAAAAUGGAAAUGACUGAAGAAAUGAUCAACGACACACUUGAUGACAUCUUUGAUGGCUCUGAUGAGGAAGAAGAAAGCCAGGAUAUUGUGAAUCAAGUUCUUGAUGAAAUUGGAAUUGAAAUCUCUGGAAAGAUGGCCAAAGCUCCAUCAGCUGCCCGAAGUUUACCAUCUGCCUCUACUUCAAAGGCUACAAUCUCCGAUGAAGAGAUUGAACGGCAACUCAAAGCCUUAGGAGUAGAUUAAUCAAAAAGUCAUGAUAUUUUUGUGUACUGAUUUAGUAUAAAGCAAGCACAGUGCAGAUUCUUUUUACAAAAACACAUUUAUUUUGCAAAAAUGAAAACCAUGAGUGAACAGUUGUUUCCUAACCCAUGGCCAUUUUGAGUCUUGCCAAAGAAUAACAAUGAUGCAAAAAUGGAAACAGUUUGAAUUUUAAUUAGAACUAUUUAGGAGUGAUGAUGUGUAAAACUGGAUUUCUUUUCUGCAUGGCAUAGAGAAAUUAUAACUAUUACUUAGUGUCUGUUUGUGUUCUAAAUCUUUUUACACUGAAUACAAAAUUCUUGUUAAAUGCCACUAGGCACCAACUUAAGAAAGAGACUUGUAAAAAUAUUAAAUGUAUAUCGUUAAUUCUGUAUCUGUUGCUUGUCCUUUGUAAAUGAUUAUGUGUUAUGACCAUAGGCAGUUCAUCUGCCAAAUUAUUUUUAAAUGAUCAAAAAGAACAGUGCUGUUUCAACAUCUGUCUUAAAACUGCCAUGAGGUUUUCUUUCCUUUUUUUUUUUCCUUUGGGAGAACAUUCUAGUUGGUAAGUUUAUUACCUUUCAAAAUGUGCUUGGGACCUGCCUUAAACAGCACAAACAUAUUGUGCUCAUCUUUAAAUUAUUUUACCUGGCAGAAAAGAAUUUCAUUUUAAACUAAAAAUUGAGGCCUCUUGUAACAGUUUUCCAGGCUCUCUUCUAAACCUUAUGAAAGUGAAUUAAAUAUAAUAGAAACAAAGACACUGAAUUCAUAAUGCUUCAUAGUAAUCCAUAGUAUAUUUUGGUCUUUCUUCCAAGAACUGAGAUUUCCUCUAUGUAACUUAAUUUCUGUUUAAUUUAAAUUGAAUUAAUGUAUAUUCUAAUGUAUACUCUAAAUUGAAGGCAUUAUUCUUAAUGAAGUACAACUGUACAACUACUAUGACWAUACUUGACCUAAACUUUUAAAAUAAAAUCUUAACUUUUUUUGGGUGGGUUGGUGGUAAAUAAACAACUUUGUCAGAAAUGAUUGCCUAUGUGUGUAUUACUAUGUUAGCAUUCUCUGAGGUGUAAUUGCUAUGGUAUUUUAUGUAUACAGAGAAUAAGAGAACAAUAGUUAGAAUUUUCAAUUUAGUUAGUUUUGAAAAUAAUGUUACAAUAUAUGGAUUCUGACACAUCCUACCACAAAAACUCUGGAGUUGUUUAUGUAUAACUUGGUGGAUUUGGGGUGGUGGACAUUUGGCCUGAUGUUGGCAAAGUCACAUUUUAGGACUAGUAUACAUGUAAUGUGUGGAUUGUGGAAGGAACARAAAACCAAGCCAUCUAAGUUUAGAAUCCAUCAAUCAUACUGUGUUUACUAAGAACAUAUUCACAAUUUCCCUGAAGAGAGAUGAGUCAAAAUAAUUUACUGGAUUAUGGAAUGUUGACCCAGAACAUGUUUUGUUUCUUGAAUGUACAUAAUAAUGCCAUUUAACUUUAAUUUCUUGUUUACAUGU